GGAAAAUGAUAUUUUUGCCAAUUUCUCAGCUGGCAAUAGUGAAUUAUAGGAUUAAUAGGAUUAUUCUUUAACAAGAUUGAAGUAGAAAAUGGAUGAAAAAUUGCAGAAAAGUGUCACAAGAUGGAGACUAGUGUCGGCUGCCUUGGUUGUGUUAUGUGCUUUGUUGAUUAUACUCGUCAUUGGUAUUGUUGUGGUCAAAAACAGGGAAAUCCUAGCUAAAAAUGUCCCUUCGUGUGGAUUGAGGUUCAAAUCAAAUAUCGAUACGAGUGAACCGGAACAUCCCGACAUAUUCCACGACUUGACUAGUCGUGAGAUGAGAGCCGUCCAGAACUACCUCAUCUCAGUACCUGAGUUAAAUCUAGAAUCGUCCAAUUUGCGCAUGAACUCCAGUUACAUCGCUGGUAUUGAUUAUAUUUUACCUCCCAAAAAAGAUGUGCUAGCCUAUUUGGAAGACUCGGGAUCGCCGCCUACUCGUAAAGCCAAGGUUAUUAUAUUGCGAGGUGACUUGAAUCCGCCGAUGGUUGAAGAAUACGUCGUUGCCCCCCUUUCUAAUCCAUCUUCCCAUAGACUUAUUGACUAUCCUAACAGACGAAACCCCGUUCCUUUCGCGAUGCGUCCCUUCACGAGAAUAGAGUUUAAAAGCAUUUCUCAAGUCGUUAUGAAAAAGGUUGAUGAACAGAUUGGGGACAUUCUACGCGAAAGUUUCGGAGCGACAUUUAAUGACUGCGGUGAUACAUGUUUAUACUUUAUUCCAAAUGUCGCUUCGUCGGCCGUAACUGGCGACUUUACUAGAAGGAUGUGGUUACAAGUCGCUUACCUUGUCGAGUUCUACACGAUUCAUCCAGUGGAUUUGUUGCUGUAUGUGAAUGUUGACGGAUCCGAUCCAUCACAAUUCCGAGUUGAAAAAGUUGUUUACGGAGGCCAAUACAGAAACAGUUUGGCCGAAUUAGCAGCUGAUUAUGUGUCAGGAGAUGUUGAAAAAUCGAAAAUGACCUUUCCAACCGUAGACAAGAAUCUAUUUUCAACUCUCCAUCGCCGAGGGUUUCCUGCUUCACCAACGGAAGAACAAAGACAGCCACAGUUUGUGGAACCUGACGGAGCAAGAUACAGAAUCAAACAUCGACAGAUUGAAUAUAUGAACUGGAGAUUUCAUGUCAGGAUGGCCACUUACAAUGGUCCUCAGAUUCAUGACGUUAGGUACGCCGGUAAACGAAUUGCUUACGAAAUUGGGCUUCAGGAGAUCGUCGCCUUCUAUGCUGGUGACGCCCCGACGUUCAGAAUGGCGAAUUACGUCGAUAGUGUAGCAUCUCUUGGUCAGAAGGCUCGAGCACUGUUACCUGGAGUGGACUGUCCGGAAACGGCUACAUACCUGUCGACGAGGCAGGUGUCUGAUAAUCAAGAAGGUUCAGUCAAAUCUGAGAGAAGUUUCUGCGUCUUUGAGCUAAACACUGGAUAUCCACUGAGGCGCCAUUUGGAAUAUUUUCAGUUCCGUGGAUCGUUUUAUGGUGGUAUGGUUGAUAAUUGUUUGAUUGUACGAACCAUUCUCUGUUUAAAUAAUUAUGACUAUAUCAUCGAUUUCAUCUUUCAUCAAAGUGGCAUCGUGGAGACCAAGAUUAUAAGUACGGGGUAUAUAUUCGGUGGAGUUUAUAACGAACAGGAGAAGAAUUAUGGGUUUCAAAUAGCUGACCAACUCGUCGGAAAUAUUCAUCAUCAUUUAUUUAGUUUUAAAGUAGAUCUUGACGUCAUGGGAACCUCCAACAGAUAUGAAACUUUAGAUAUAAAGUUAGUUAAUGUGUCUAAUUCAAAAUGGUUAAAUGGGCUGAACACAAUUCAGAGUCAAAUUAAAUUCGAUCGUAUUUUGAAGAAAACCGAACUGGAUGCUGUGUAUAAAUAUAAUUUUGACACACCGAAGGAGCACAUCUUUCAUAAUGAUGCAUUCAAAACAAGAUUUAAUGAGCCUAGGGCGUAUAAGGUCCAACUUUCUGGAAUGUCUAAACAGCUUCUACCAGAAGAUAAGCUGAAUGAAAGGAGUAUACCUUGGGCUCGUUAUCAAAUGGCUGUUACCAAAUAUAGCGAUGAUGAAGUAUCAAGUAGUUCCAUAUAUGGUAAUUUUGAUGGUUUACAGCCUGUUGUUAAUUUCACUCAGUAUUUAGCAGAUGACGAAAAUAUAGUGGAUGAGGACCUGGUGUUAUGGAUGUCCAUGGGGAUGUACCACAUACCACACUCAGAAGAUCUUCCUUUAACCCAAACACCAGGGAAGCAUCUGACUUUUCUCAUAUCGCCACAUAAUUACUUCCAUGAAGAUCCAUCCAUGUCAUCUAGGGAUCAAGUCAGGGUUCAGUUAAAGGAACCUAAUAACCCUAAAGCUGGAGUUCGAGUUGAUAGAUAUUUUAGUAAACCGAAAAUUGCAUGUGUUAGUAAAGAAAUUGACUUCGAUAAGGAUGUAGAAGACAAUCCUUGUAAUAUCUUAGAUGUGUAAUAGAUUGUGAUUUUUUUUUAUCAUUUUGUCAGUUAACUGUGAUGUCCAUGUACAUUUUAUGAGACAUAUGCGCCAAGGGUUAUUUACCAUUGUCAAUCCCCACGAUGUUAAGCAGGAGUCCCAUUUAACUUGUCAGGUAAUGAUUCAGGGGCUAAUGACCAAAUAUUGAAGUUAGUACACCAUUGGCGCAGAAAAGUUGGAAGCUAAACCUCAUAAAACUAUAUGCCAUAGUUAUGGUUUUGAAAAAUUAAUUCGUAACGUUUCUAGGUGGUCGCUUACUACGAUUGAAGGCAAUUCAUUUUCCCAUGAAGAGACGUUUUCCUCAUUCAAGUCUACCUUAACUGUUCAAAAGAUCACUAAUAACGAGUGUUCUGAUCAAGGACUGCCAUGACACCUUGAUGUUUUACAGAGCAUUUAGCAUCUUAUACCCUAGUUUCAAAUAAGUUGGCACAACUUUGGUCAUGGUAUUUGGGAAAUUUAAUAGAGAAGAAAUGUGUAUCAUAACGAAAGCUGUACCAGACAGUGGUGUAGCACGAUGGGGCCUCUGGGCGAUUGCCCCGAGUGCAAA